AUGGAAUAGAAUCUUUAAGAACUACUAAAAGCCGAAAAUGAGGUGAACAAAAGAGUUUCUGAGGCUCUCUAGAGAAAAAAUCAGCGACUUAAGGUAAUAAAAGAAGAAGCUGAGAAAGAACUACAUCACCACAGAGUUGAUAAAGAGGCUGAUUACUAAAGGGCUCUAGCUAGGUUAAAGCAAUAGAUUGCAGAAGAAGGAUCAGCUGAUGGAAAUCAAGAGCAGAGAGAUAUGGACAAUAUCCAAAGAGAUUUUCAGAAGAACAAAGAAAUUGUUGUUGAUUUACUAGUGAAGAAUGUACUUUCAGUUAAUAUUGAAAUUCCCAAGGUAGUAAAGGGAACAUUUUGA